UCAGCAGGUGUGGUCUACCUGUUUGUUUUCCCCCCCGCUUGUGCUGAUCAGCUGGCAGGACAUUUAGACCCAGAGGGCGGUCGACACCUGGACUUCUUUCAUAACAUCGACGUACCUGGCAUGCUUCUUCCUCAGUCGAUGGUGACGACGACGACGGCGACUUACCAGCGAAUUUAGUCAGACGGGAGAGGGAGGAAAAACAAGUGUUGACAAGCAGUUGGAAUGAUUUAGAAAACGGAGAAAGGCGGCGUCAUCUUUGCCCCCUGGCAUCUACACACACGCACACACUCACACACACAUCCAUACAUAAUAGAGGAUACCUGUUUGGAACUCGUGGCGGGGGUGUGUGAAUGUGCCUGUAACUUCAUCAGGCUGGGAAUAGACCCGGGGACACUGACACCUCCUCACCUCUUGGUCUGUUUUGGCGCUGAGACGGUGCACGUCAGCUGGUGUGUGCGCCAACAACUGGAGAUAACAACACUCAAGAGCACGCAUGGUUGUAAACAACAACCCGCUGACUCGCUGAGAAUGAAACGUAUCUUCAUUUCUUCUGGAAACCUGCCUCCGCCCUCUUAUGCACCACCAAGGAAUACUACAGCCAACAGUGAGUGUGCACAUGCGAGUGUGUGUAUCCGAGUGUGUGCCGCAGAGGGGCGGUGACUUUCCAGAUUGCUGGAUUGCCUAAUUACCACUUUUUGGAUUUGGGAAUCACGCCCGGAGUCUUCAAACACGGAGGACGAGAGAGAAGAAAGGAAAAGAGACCAUUUAAUUUUGGCUCGUGACGCAGAGAUUAAUUGAAGGAGAAAGAGGUUGGAAGUUGAGAUUCUCCGGCUCAGAGUCAGGAUGUGGAACUGUGCAACCAAAGUCAAGGAAAACUGGGUUACAGCUGAACUUCCUCCUGGAACUAAUUUAAUACUUAAUAUGGAAUCGGAAUAGUUUAAAGCAUUUUAACAUGUGUGCAGACCUGGAUGCUUUAUUCAGAAAUGUAUGGAAUCUCUUGAUCUGGACUUUAAGGAUCUACCUCUCAGGAUACAUUUUUCUCGAUUUAAAUGUUUGCUUUUCAAGGCAUACAUCUUCACAUCUUAGACUAGCCUUUCCGGGAUCAGGAUGAGGGGGGAAAGGAGGUCCGCUUCCUUUCGUAAGGAGAAACCGGCCGGUCUGUCCCGCGCUCUCAGCUGGCUGAGCGUGUCCACCCUCUCCCGCCAGAGCAGACGCAUCUUCCACAGCCAGAAUGACCUCCACGCCGCCCACCACCGUCAGCCGCACUCGCACUCGCACACUCACCUUAAUGCGGCGGGCAGAGCCGAGGAGGACGACGAUGACAACUGGGUGUACCAGCCUCAACACAAAAGAGCGGUGUCCAACCUGGAUGAGGAGAGCAAGUGGACGGUUCAUUACACAGCUCCAUGGCACCAGCAGGAGAACAUCUUCCUUCCAGGCAGCAGGCCGCCCUGCGUGGAAGACCUUCACCGUCAGGCCAAAGUCAACCUUAAGACCGCCCUGCGAGAAUGCGACAAGUUGAGGAAAGAUGGUUUCCGGAGUUCUCAGUACUACUCUCAGGGUCCCAUCUUCUCUGACCCCUUACAGUCACUCAGCAGCCUGCAGGAUGAGGAGGAUGACAAUGAUAAGAAGUCCACGGCUUCAUCAGCGGAGGACAACAAAUCGCAGCUCUCCAUGAGGCCCCAGACCCCGCAGGGAGGGGGCGAAGGAGGGGAGUUGUAUGAGGGGGACGGACGGGUCCAAUGGAACAAGGGCGCACCCCUCCCCACCCCAGAGGAGAAGAUGAGGCUGGCGGCCCGGGCCGUGCCUACUGACAUAGUUCCCAUCAACGUCACAGGGGCAGUGUUUGACCGACAGGCGGGCAACAGGCGCUCCCUCAUUAACACUGACACCGUGUCCCGCCGGCCCAAGAAGGUCAAACGCAGAAAGACUAUAUCAGGGCUACCUGACAACUUCAACCAUGAACUAGCAAAAGGACGCGGCGGAGAGCUCCGGCCGCAUUCCAUGUUCAUCCCAGGACAGUACUCCACCUUGGGUAGAGUUGGGAGCGUCAACUCGAUGCUCCGACGUUCAGACACCAGAGACUCCGGCUGCCAGACGGAAGAAACAAAGGUGGUACCCCCAUCCAUGAGACGGAUCCGGGCUCAAAGAGGACAGGGAAUCGCUGCUCAAAUGGCCGGCAUUUCCACUUCCUCCUCAACGGGAAGUAUAUCCAUCUCGAGUUGUGAGAGCUCUGGGAUCUUGAGGCUGCCUCAGUUCAAUAGAAAUCCCUCCCGUUUUCACAGUCUGCCCCGACAGGGAGCCAGGGUGUCCCUCAGUGCUGACCCCAUCUAUAGCAGCACCCCCAUCAAGUCAGAGGAGCAAACUACACCUCCGAGGCAGAUUGGCAAGCUUCAAGUCGACGAUACGGUGGUGCACAUGAGAAAUGCCCCGAGGACAGGCACCCUGCCCCGGCCCAAGUCUCAGGAGUUCAGGGGCACACUGGCCAGCGAUUGGGGUGGCGGUCCAGCAUGUGUCGUCUCCCCGCAUGCUUCCUAUUCCACCUCACUCAUCCCCAAUGCCACCCUGUCUUGCUCCUCUGAGGUCAUUACCCUCAACACCUACGCUCAGCUCCCCUACUCCCAAGCCUCAGCUUACCCCACAGCUCGACUGCUCAGUCACGCCUCCUCCCCCAACACCGACCGCAGGUUCUCCCGUCCAACAGGCAUCACCCACAGCUUCACCUGCCCAGCUCUGGCCACUUCUACCCCCACUCACACACCAAAGGAUGGCGGUCUGGAGGCUGCGAAACCUGCUAGCGAGUCAGGGCUCUCGGACAGCAGUCGACACAGCCACAGCACCUUGGCUCCCUCACCUCCAUCCUGCCUGCCGGAGGAGCAGUGGAUCUACGACACGCCAGAAAACGUGGUGGUUCCCCACCGUACUCUGACCUCCAGCUGCUCCAUUCCUAUAAACCAGUUGUAUGGCAGCCUGGAGCUCUCCUCCAGGACCACGACUGACUCCAGCUCCCUCUAUUCCCAAGACAAUGACGGGUACUACACGUCCAUGCACAUGGACUCGGGCCUGCGCUCUCGGAGCCACGGCAGCGGGCAAAGUGCAGCACCUGGACGGGCCGCCAGACACAGCAUGUACGAGUGCCGCGAGAUGGCCAAUCGGGAAGACUCUGUGAGCUUGUACAGCGAUCACUCGCUGUCCCGCAGCAUCUCCCUCCGCAAGGCCAAGAAGCCUCCUCUGCCUCCAGCUCGCACAGACUCUCUGAGACGCAAGCCUUCGGGGAAAAAGCCUCUUGGGGGCGUUAGCGCCAUCAGCGGGGCCAAUGAGCCCAACGGAGCCAUGCUCAAUGAGACUCUCAUUGCCAGCUUGCAGCAGAGCCUACAGAUGGGACUGAAAGGAGGGAAAGGAAAGGGGGCGUCUCCUUCUUCGCCCUCUGACAGCCCGAGUAGUGACUACGAUGACCCUUGGGUGCUACGGCCGCGCAGUCAGAGUAGCAUCAGUGCAGGCAGCUCCGCAGCAUCAGUCGGCGCCAACGCCAACGGUGGCGGCGUGUCGAGCGUGUACUCGUUGUGCCACGUGACGCCGGCUCAGAGUGACACAAGCAGCUUGCGCUCAGAAUACGCUGACUCCUGGGGUUACUACAUGGACUACCCUCGUAACCACGGCGAUCAGAGGGUGCAGACCCCUCCGGCCCAUGCCACAGAGAGCAUGCCGGCGGGGGCUCACCCAGGAGAAUUACACAAUGGAGGUGAGAUUCUCAACAACGGCCGGGCCCCUGGUGCUCCAGGCCAGGAGGGAGGUGUGGCAGUGAAGCCCAAAAUGGCCACCUCCUCACCGGACAGGGUGCACCGGCUGACCUCCCCAUCUAGCGGCUACUCCAGCCAGUCCAACACCCCCACAGCUGGAACCCCAGUGCCCUCGUUUGUCAGGUCCAUGUCUCCCUCAGGCAGCCGGCCGAAGCCCAGAGUGCCCGAGAGAAAGUCAUCGCUCCUCUCCUCUGUAUCAAUGUCCUCCUCCUCCACCUCCCUUUCCUCCAACACCUCGGACUCACUUAAAAGCUGCGGACCUCCUCCUCCACCACCUCCACCCUUGUCCCUCUCCUCCUCAGCUCCCAACACCCCUCUCAGCCCACCGCCACCCUUCCCACCCCCUCUGCCGCCAUGUUCCAGUGCCGCCACUCAACCGCCAGCUCCCCCGUUGCCAACCACCCCUCAGAGUCAGACUCUGAGCCCACCCCUCGCCUGCUCCACCUCCCCAGAAUUCCCUCCUCCUCCAUCCCCUGAAAUGCUAAUCCACCCCAGUUCAUCUUUCAAUGGGAGCUUCAGCCCUCCCCCUCCCCCUCCACCUCCUGUCCCCUCAAUGGGUCCCCCUCCACCUCCUCCACUGCCUGCUUUUGUCCCACCUUCCUCCUCCCCAUCUUUGGUGAAGGCAAUGAAAGGUGCUCCAAAACCAGCUCUUUCCAACAGCCCUACAAAGUCACCUAAGCCCCUGAUCACCCCGUUAGCGCUGCAGAGUGUGCGGCUCCGCGCUGUUAAACAGCCGGAGAAGGAGAUUAACGGCAAAUCGGACCACACCAAAGCUCCGCUUUUUAAGCCCCAGACCCUGGAGAAGUCUUACUCCCUGGAGCAACCUGCUGUGAUACAUCUGUCCAACUGCUCCCCAGAAGAAGAUUCACGCAGCUCCUCUCCAUCACCUGUGUCGAAGCUCUUAGAGUUGUUUUCAGACUGCAGUAUCAAAGAUGACGCACCAUAUAGUGUUGUCGUAAAUGGAAUGGCGGAGGAUCAGAGAUGCUUUAUCAUAGACAGAAAGCAACAAGUUGAAGGGUGGGAAUCAUUGCCCAGUCCGUCACAGAGCCCCCGGAGCUCUCCUGUCAAACCGAAGCCCCCAGUGGUCUCCAAGAAACCCCACAUCUCUUUCCUCCCACCAUUUAUCCCCCAACCAAUCGAUGAACAGGUUCCAUCUCCGCAUGAGGAUACAACCAACGUGUCACACAUAGAAGACCAAGUCGAUGCACCGCAAAGACAAACACAGAAAGAAAAGAAAGACGAUCAAAGUGAGCAACGGGAGGAGGAGGAAACGCCAGAGAGCUCUGAGCUUCCAUCAGAAAGCAGUGAAACAUCAACGGUCACCCAGAACGAGUCCCACUGCUCUGCUUCUGACGGCCAGUCACGUCUCCACCAUGGACUCUACACCAAUGGAGAGGCUCAAGAAGAGGAAGAGGACGAGGACGAGGGAGAUGGAACGAGUAGCACGACCGGAUCCAUCAGCUCCAAGGAGGACGACACUGGUGAGGUGUUCUGCUCCAGUCCGACCGAAUCGUCUCCGGUCCCGUCAGCCAACGGGGCCUCCCGGGAGAACAUGGUGACCCCGACGUCCAGCCGGCCCCGGACCACUGAGGACCUUUUUGCCGCCAUUCACAGGUCAAAGCGCAAGAUCCUGGGGCGCAAGGAAUCUGACGAGGACAAGUCCCGGGCUGGGAGCAGCCCUCAGUCUCCCCCCGCCACGCCGACAGCCGGGUCCCCAGUGGCGGUGUCCUCCUCGCCCCGCCAGUCGGGCUCCAUCCAGCGCAACCUCCGCAAGUCCUCCACCAGCAGCGACACCUUCAAGGCCCUCCUCCUGAAGAAGGGCAGCCGCACGGAGACCAGCUUCAGGAUGUCGGCCACCGAGAUGCUUCGCUCCACCGACCCUCGCUCCCAGAGGUCACCCUCGGAGUCGGCGUUGGACUCCCCCGAGGCUCCGCCCUUCUCGAUGAUGGCGCCGCACAGCCCGUGUAACUCGCCCGGCAAGAAGGCCCCGGACGUGUGGAGCCGCUACGAGGCCUUGGCCAUGUCCUCGCCGACGUCGCCGUCCUUUUCAGCGGGCGGGUUUCGGUACGGCCGCUCGCGCACGCCGCCCUCUGCCGCCAGCAGCAAGUACAACGCGCGCUGCCGAAUCCUCAGCAGCCCGAUGACGGUGAUCUGCGAGCGCGAGGGCGAGCUGGCCGAGAGCGAGCACGGAGGCACGGCGGCGAGCCGGUCGGCACCCACUGCGCACACGCUCCCGGUAUUCAAUAACUACAACGGCACUUUAUCUGAUGAGAGCGGAAGUUAAGAAGCAAGGACCGCCCCUUCUGCAAGGAGCUGAACUCACGCGUCAUAAACCGGUAGGGGGCAGGAGGAGGAGCCAAUAGGAGGCCCUCUAGAGACACCUUCGUGAGCCCCACCCCCCCCAGCACUGCAGUUAAAUGUCAGGUGCUGAUGUGAGGUCAGAGGUCGCCCCGUCAUGGACCGGGCUGAACCCUGAGGGGGAGAACUGUAUCUGCUGCACCUUUCCAUAUCUCCCAUGAUUCUCGCUCUGUCCUCGUUCAGUGACUCGCCCAUUGUGUUCAAAGAAUGGUGAUGCUUUUACGCCUGGUGUUCUUAGUUUGUUGCCAUUUUGUUUUGCUAUUUUUAUUUUUUUAAACAUUUAUGUCACUAACAUGCAGGAAUCUUUUAGUUUCUUUGAGGGACAAGGGUCAGAUAGCGAACUGAAGGAAGUGAAAGGUCACACGUCGUGGUGCUACGGGGCGGUUGGACCGAGUGGACCGUGGAGCUGGACGCUCGCCUGGUGAAUCUUCUCGGCUUCGGCUCUGGAAGUGGCUUGAAGUGUUGGCUUCACACCGCUCACAAUAUUGUGAAAAGAACCCGAGGAGGUGGCACAACAGACGGCGCCCGAGUCCAGCUUCAGCCACGGUUACUGGCAGGUUGUGCUUCCUGCUCUGAGGUCCGAGGUUUAGUUUGCAGAGCUGGUGUGUUCAGGGUCCACAGGAGGAGCGGAGAGCUCAGCGCCGUCUCCUCUGGCGGCCAGGAAGUAAACGACCGACGAGCCGAAAAAGACUGAACCAAAACAUGGAAAAAGCUCAUAAAACCUCUAUUAAUUGAAUUUUAGUUUGUAGAUUUUGCAUUAUUGUGCAUAGAUCUUGUUCUUUGUUUGUAAAUUUAAAAAACUAUGUUUUAAAGAUUGUUUUAAUAAACGAGUGACGUCAUGACGUGUUUGGGAGUUGAGCUUGAAUCUGUAAAUGUAAGACGGACAUGAGAGGAGGCGCUUGUUCUGCUGUCGGCCUCCUUUAGGGAUCAUGUUCGGUACCAAAGAGCUGAAAUGAACUGCUGGCCGUUGAACAGGAAGUGACCUGAGAGACUGACCGCCGGUCCGACUCCCGGCAAACAGUCCAGUCGUUGUAAAAUUUGCCUAAACCUUCCCGAAGCUUUUUAGGGCUGGAACAAUUUCUAUAUUGCUGUUGACCUUUCUGCUAAGUUUAUCCUUCUGCAGUUUUAUAUGAUCCUGUAUGUAAAUACAUAGAGAAAAAUGACUUUUAAGUAACAUUUUGACUUAUUUUCAAAGACUGUACAUUUUUAGAGCUCUGUUUGCUGGACAGGAGUGGUUACCUUUUAGAUUAUUUAUUUUCACAUAGCAGGGCGGUAUACGGUGUCGCGAUCGGAGUCGACCGGCGAGGUGAUGGAGGCACGGGGAAGAGGUAGGAGGGCCACGUUUGCUACGCUGAUCCCACCGGCGCCGUUUCUUUCAUUUAACGGUGCUUUAAGUAACAAAAUGCCAUAAUGUCAUGAUUUAUGCUAAAGCCUUAUACUGCCCUUCAUCUUGAGUCAUGCAAACCCCACGCCGGCGCUCCCAGCUGAGUAAACGUAGUCUCGCAUAAGAGUCGUAAACUGAGGUGACAGGCGUGCGACUUAAUAACCUCCGAACAGCCAUUACACCCUGUGGUUUAAUCACCUGUGACUCAAGUGGGUCCAAACUCCCCCGAGUGAGCACUCGGGGCCCGGGCUCGCCUCAUGACCGGAACACGGCUCCACUGCAGAGGGCUUGUGAAAAGACCGGAGGACAGAAGGAGGAGUGGGAGUGGAGCUGCGAACGCUCUUGUGUCUGUGUAAAUAAAACAAGGUGAUAUUUAAAGA